AUGACCCAUUUGCACAAACUCCAAAUUCUUAAAAGGGUUACUUCAAAUUUUGUUGGUAGCUGCAGAACCCCAAUACGGCAAUUGGGCUCUUUAUUCUACAUUUUAGAAAACCCUAGGUUCUAUGGGACAAAAGCAAUGGUUCAAACUGAAAAUUUGGAUAGAAAGUUGAUAGAUAAUGAUCAAAGCAUUAGCAAAAUCUCUGAUGGUGCUGGAAGGGAAGCCCAGGCUGCAACUGCAUUGUUGGAGUAUUUGCACUCCACUAGAAGUUUACAGUUUUUGGAUGCAGAGCAUAUGAGUAAAAACUCACCUAUUUUUCUUAAAAAUAUACUUAAGAAGGUUACGGUUGAUGCAGAUAUUAGGCGAUCCAUUGCCCGUUACUUGCGUUAUCACCCUAUAAAUGAAUUUGAGCUUUUCUUUGAGAGUUUGGGUUUAAAACCUCAAGAGUAUAGUUCUCUUCUUCCGCGUGAUCUGAUGUAUUUGAGUGAUGAUGAUUUGCUGCUGGAGAAUUAUCAUGUUUUGUGUAAUUAUGGGAUUGCAAGAAAUAAGAUGGGGAAGAUUUAUAAGGAGGCAACAGAAGUUUUUGGAUAUGAUUAUGGGUUCCUGGCAUUGAAACUUAAAGCUUAUGAGAAGCUGGGGCUUAGCCCUUCUUUUAUAGCCAAGGUGGUUGUCCAUAGCCCUAAUCUUUUGAUUGGAGAUGCAAAUGUAGAAUUUAUCAAGGUAUUGGAGAUAUUGAGGAAAGGGGGACUUGAUUACCGUAUAAUUGAGAAGCUAUUGUCGGAGAAGAGCACUUAUAACUGGAGCCAGUUGCUUGCACUUCUAAACUUGUUUGGUAAGUCAGGUUACAAUGAUGAGCAGCUAGGUGAGCUGAUAAGCCAGAAGCCAUGGAUUCUGCAUGAGGAUUCAGUGGAUAGGAUACUAUUACUAAUUGGGUUCUUGCUCAAAUUUGGAUCCACAAUGAACCAGAUAUGUUCCUUGUUUCAGCAGUUUCCCAAAAUACAAGUUGAAAAAUUUGUUUCCAAUUUGAGGCAUUGCUUUCUUUUCUUGAAUGAGAUCAAUAUGGAGGCAUACGAGAUUGGGAAGCUUCUUUGUUCUCACCCACUAUUUCUAGGUUCAUUUAAAUUGAAAAAAACCAAUAGUUUGCUUUCUCGUUUGAAUGCUGGGAAGAAGCGAAUUUGUGAAGUCAUCCAGGAGAAUCCAGAAAUUAUGAAGAAAUGGGUGAAGGGAUCGAAAAUUGAAUGGUUACCAGACUCAGGUGAGGAACUAAGAUCUCAAAUGCUGAAGACUAAGUUCUUCUUGGACUUGGGAUUUGUUGAGAAAUCAGCUGAAAUGGAAAGAGCACUUAAGGUUUUCCGAGGCAGAGGAGCUGAGCUUCAAGAGAGAUUUGAUUGCAUUGAGAGAGCUGGUUUGGAUAGAAAGGAUGUUUGUGAAAUGAUAAAAGUAUCCCCUCAAAUUCUUAAUCAGAAGAAGGAAGUUAUUGAAAUGAAGAUUGAUUUUCUUGUAAAUGAUUUGGGUUGUCCUGUAUCAUCUUUGGUCAGAUUCCCUUCCUAUCUCUCUUACACAAUGCAAAGAGCUAAGCUUAGGUUAACAAUGUAUAAUUGGCUCAAAGAGCAGGGAAAAGUUAAUCUGACGCUUUCCUUCAGCACUGUAGUUGGUUGCACAGAUAAUGUGUUCCUUAGUCAGUAUGUAAAUCGUCAUCCUAGAGGCCCUGAAAUUUGGGAGGAUUUAAAAAAAGAAAUUUAUUCUGCAUAG